AUUUGUUUCCGCAUUGAAUUCAUUUUGCCUAUCAGUCCUGACGCACCUCCCCUCGUCCAGUGUGCGCCUUUCCAACACUUCCCCGUCGAGAUCGUCCGCAGCCUCCCAAUGACCUUACGACUACUCUCCUCCCGUCUCUCCGCCCAGGGGCCAGUAUCCCAGGCUCAGUUCUUUUCUCCAGCUCUCGCCAACGCCGCAGCCGAUCGCUGGUCUCAAUUCACAAUCAAUGCCUCUGCAAUGGCGCAGUCUCUCCUGAGGCCGGCUGCCUUUUCGCUAACCUUCCCUGGGAUUCUGACCGACCUCUGGGAGUCUGUCCUCCGUGCCGUCCCGAAGAAGAAAACCUCCCAUAUGAAGAAACGUCAUAGGCAGAUGGCUGGCAAAGCAUUGAAGGAUGUCAGGAGUCUUAGCACCUGCUCCGGCUGUGGUCAGAUCAAGCGCGCACAUGUUCUGUGCCCGCACUGUGUUUCGAGUAUCAAGAAGGAAUGGGGCCGCAAAAAUGCCGAGUGAAGCGACAAGACGAGGAAGCUCAGAGUGACGAUAGAUGUUUGAUUUAUGUUUGGCUGGGCUUGUAUAACUAUCGGGUCCAUAUGAUAUGUAGGAUAAAUGCUGCAUGGCAUUCGGCGUUUGGUCAAAUUAAGGGUUCAUGUUUCACUUCAAGUUCUUGUCCGAUUUAUCUUGAUUACCCUUUUUAUUGUUACCGUGUAUCUAAAGGAUCGUAUUAUGCACCUGUCCUUCAAAAUGAUGGGGAAACCUUAUGACAUAAGGUAAU